AUGCCAGAGUUAGGACAGAACUUUUGCUCUUAUCUGCUAAAGACACUCGCCAUUGUCUUUGCCCUAAUUGGCAUCAUUUUCACAGUCGAGGCUGGAAAGGGGUGUGAUUUUAUCAAGGUAGAAGAUACCGAUGGGGAUAUGCUUGACAUGAUUCGAGACGGAGAUCGUCCGAGUUUUGUUUUUGGAACCGCCACUAGAAUGCGAGUCGGCAUUUUCAUGUACGAGAUUCUGGAAGGAUCAAAUGUACAAGGUUGCGUGGAUUACCCACAGAAGUUUUUUGAUAUUGACGGUUACCCAUCCCUCACAUCGGCACAAGUUUGUUCCGUCGUGUCGCCCAUCCUAUGUGCCAUUGCCAUUAUUUGCACAUUGAUUGAUUUCUGCGUUUGCACAUUCAAGGGUUCCAGUCUAUGUGGUGGAUUGUUCUACAUACUUGCCAUGGGAGUCCAAGCUGGAGUUUAUGGAAUCAUUGCCGAUCCAGUAUUUUGUUUUGAGGACAGUGAAUUGCAAUGCACCAUGGGAAGCGAAAUGUACCUGGUCACUGCGGCCGUCGUUUUCUACUUCCUUGCGUCAUGCUUCUCGUGCUGUGCUCCACACUCUGAUCCAUGCUACAAGAACGUGACUCGCAAAAACAAAAACGGUGACGAGGAUGACGAUGGUGUCUACCAAACCACCACUACCACCACGACGAUCAAGCGUGCCACAAUCGUACAGAACGAUAAUAGCGGUCCACUCAGUCCAGGGGUCAGCCCAGGAGGACGUCGAAAAGCGCGACCAACAGAAGACGUUGAUCCUAAUGCGAAGUAUGACAAGCAUGGAAACCGUGUUUUCUAA